AUUUUGCAAGUUGGCUGGGCGGCUAACCUUAAUGAUUGCCAUUCACUUCCUCUUGAGCUCCUUCUACACUCGCUCCUCUAUCUUCCCACUCACCCAAAAACAUCAAAAUUUCCAUGGCAAAUUUUCAUCUCCAGGCCAUUCUUUAUCCACUCUUUCUCAUACAAUUCCUUGCUUUUCUACUUCUCCAAUCAUCUACUCAUGGUCUAGCAACUAAUUAUUUCAUAAACUGUGGAUCAGAGUCCAGUGUUAGGCUCGAUGAUGGCCGAGAAUUUGUGGGUGAUGAAAAUUCUGAUUCCUUCUCUCCAGGAUCUGGUGUUUCUAUUAGCAACAGUUCAGUAUUACCUCAGAACACUUCUCUUCUCUAUCAAACUGCAAUAGUUUACAAGAAACUGUCAUCAUAUGAUCUCAAAAACAUCGCUGAUAGUGGCACAUACAUUGUACGUCUUCAUUUCUUACCGUUCAACUCCAAAACGGUUAAUCUUUCUGAUGCUUUGUUCAAUGUUUCUACUUCAUCAAAAUUCUUGCUCUUAUCUAAUUUUAGUGUCAAGAACACUACCCAUUUACCGGUGAUAAAGGAGUUCUUUCUCAUUAUGAACUCAGGCAAGUUCAGUAUCUAUUUUAUACCUGCUACAAAGACGUCCUUUGCUUUUGUUAAUGCCAUGGAAGUCAUUCUUCUUCCUCAGAACUUCACCAUGGAUGAACAUGUGAACGCAGUCCCUGCUUUACAGACACUGUACAGGAUCGAUGUUGGACAGGUUGGUAAUAUUGAUGAUCCCUUGUGGAAGAAGUGGGAGGGGGAUGAUCAAUAUCUACUUCCAGGAUCUUCUGCAAAAAAUUUUUCUUCUUCUAGUUCUCUUAAGCUUCGUCAGGAGCCCAAAGCUGUUGAAGAUAUGGCCCCGGAUCUUGUGUACAAGACCUGCAAAGAAGUGAGUACAGGGAACAUAACUUGGCGUUUCUAUGUGCAAAAGCAAGCUACACAUCUUGUUCGCCUGCACUUCUGCGAUAUUGUCAGCCUAUCACCUGGUCUUUGGAAGAUUGAUCUUUAUAUUUAUACAAAACUCAUGCAGAGCAUUGAUUCUGAAAAAAGUUAUAUCAGUUUGGCAACUCCAUAUAUCAGAGAUUUGGUUGUUCAAUCUGAUGAUUCUGGAUAUAUAAACUUCAGUAUUGGAAUUAAUGAUGAAUCUAGUGAGAAAGUUGCCUUUCUAAAUGGAUUGGAGAUUUUGGAGAUUUUAACAAAUACAAGCAUACAUCAAAGCAGCAAACAUCAUGAUCUUGUAAUUGGUUUUUCAGUUGGGGGUGCGGUUCUGAUUUCCAUUUUGAUAGCCUUAUUCUUGUUUAUUGUGAAACGUAGGAAAGCUAAGCCUGUUCAAGCUAUGCAUCAGAAGAAUGAGGCUCCUCCUGACAAGUCUGCCUGCCCUGUUCCUAAUUUGAACCUCAAGUUAAAGAUGCCUUUGUCUGAAAUACUUGCUGCUACUAGCACCUUUGACACAAAGUUGCUGAUCGGUGAGGGUGGAUUUGGUAAAGUUUACAAAGGAACUCUUCCAAAUGGAACCAAAGUAGCUGUGAAACGAAGCAAUUCAAGCCAUGGCCAAGGUCUUCCAGAAUUCCAAACUGAGGUUACUGUCUUAUCCAAAAUUAGCCACCGCCACCUUGUUUCCUUAAUCGGGUAUUGCUACGAAGGAUCUGAAAUGAUUCUGGUUUAUGAAUUUAUGGAAAAGGGUACUCUAAGAGAUCACCUAUACAUCUGGAAAGAGAACUGCAAGAGUGAAUCUACACAACCUUAUUUGACUUGGAAGCAAAGGCUUGAAAUCUGCAUAGGUGCAGCCAAGGGUCUCCAUUACCUUCACACUGGUUCAGAUGGAGGAAUCAUUCACCGCGAUGUUAAAUCAACAAACAUUUUGCUUGAUGAACAUUACGUGCCAAAAGUAGCUGACUUUGGCCUUUCCCAACUAGGUCCUCCUGAUCCCGACCACCGUGGAAUGAGUUUGAUAGGUAGCUUUGGCUAUCUUGAUCCUGAAUAUGUGAGAACUCUUCAGUUAACUGAUAAAUCCGAUGUAUACUCCUUUGGAGUUGUGCUUCUUGAAGUUCUUUGUGCUCGGCCACCUAUUGUCAACUCCUCUAAGACGGAGGAAAUAAACUUAGCUGAUUGGGGAAUGUUCUGGCAAAGAGAAGGGCAACUAGAAAAAAUCAUUGAUCCUUCAUUGGCUGGUCAGAUUAAUCCUAGCUCCCUGAGUAAGUUCGGCGAAAUAGCUGAGAAAUGCUUGAAGAAAGAAGGAGCUGACAGGCCUACGAUGAAUGAAGUGUGGUGGGACUUGGAAUAUACACUGCAGCUGCUACAAACUGCAGUGCCCAGAGAACCAUACGAGGAUACUACCACAGACGUUUCAUCAAAUUUUCUGAUGAGUCUGAGCUAUAACAGUUGCCUCAGUGGAGAUGAAUCCAUUGUAGGUGGUGAUGAAACAGACUCCAAGCUUGUGUUCUCACAGUCGAUGACUGAUGGUCCAAGAUAAUCUCAGGGGCAUCUAAAAUAAGUUGUAUCUUAUACAUCAAUUGUUAAAAUUUGAGUCUCUCAUUCUCCUUCACUUCCAAAAAGCCAACAAGAAUGAGUUUUGCCUAAAAGAUUUGUGUAUUAAAAAUUAA